AUGAACAUCAACACCACCUCCACCUUCUUCCUUGUAAGGGUCGUGAAUUCCAAUAUCCGUGCUUUCAAUUGCGAAGAAAUCAUUCUCAUUAAUGUUGAAGGUCUCACGUUGCUUUCAUCACAGAUCUGGGAAGCCAGGAACAACUGCAUUUUUAAAGACAUCGAUCCACACCCAGUUAAAGUGCUAAAUGUGGCUGGUCGCAUUGGGCUAGAUUAUUGGAAAAUUAACUCUUGUCCUCCUAAAAAAUCUAAUGGAAAGGUUAACAUCAAGUGGGAACCACCGCCGUUGGACUGGGUUAAAGUGAAUUUUGAUGGUUCGGUGCGUGGGAAUCUGGCUGCUACUGGUUUUGUGAUUCGUGACUGGAAUGGUAAUGUUCUUUUAGCUGGCGCUAAAAACUCUGGUCAAGUUUCUAUUACAAUCGCAGAGUGUUUGGCUCUUCGGGAUGGUCUAGCGCAUGCUAUUCAUAAGGGUUGGCGAAAGAUUCUUGUGGAAAGUGACUCAAAGCUUAUCAUUGAUUGUGUUAAUAAUCUGGUUUUGGUUCCCUGGAGCAUAAGUAUCCUUGUGCAAGACAUUCGGUUGCUCAGUUCUUAUUGCGAAGAGAUUUCUUUUAAGCACAUUUUCGGGAGUCUAACUUUACUGCUGAUGCUGUUGCUAGCUUAG